UAUGUUUCUACAGGCUCCUCGAUUCUGGCCCUCCUCUUGGCUGGGUACUUGGCCCAGCAGUACCUCCCCCCACCCAAACCAAAGGUGAUCGGCGUGGACCUUGGCACAACCUACUGCUCGGUCGGUGUGUUCCAACCGGGCACCGGCAAGGUGGAGGUGAUUGCGGACAAGGCUGGGCGGAAGAGCCUGCCAAGCAUGGUGUUAUUCACCAACCAAGAGGUGCGAGUAGGGUAUGAAGCGCAGGAACUUGCAGAUGCCAACCCACUGAAUACUGUGUACGACGCGAAACGCUUCAUAGGGAAGCAUUUCACCCCAGAGGAGCUCCGAGCCGAAAGCAGCCGAUACCAGUUUAAGAUCCUCUACAAUAAGGGUCAUGCUGAGUUCUCAGUUUUUGCUAAUGAGUCGCUGAGCGUCACGCCUGAGUACGUCGGCUCCCGGUUAUUGUUCGAAUUGAAGAAGCUGGCCGAGGAGUACCUGGGAGUACCAGUGAGCAAAGCUGUCAUCUCCGUACCAGCAGAGUUCGAUGAGAGGCAGAGGAACCACACGGUGAAGGCUGCACAGCUGGCGGGUAAGCAG